GAAAGCAUAAACAAAAGUGUGUAAACCGGGGAAUUCCCUCCGUGUUGCAUCCUCCAUGGACUCGUAUCCGUAGGUGUGUGUUGCUGAAGGGACGACAUUGAUCCACAUUUCCCCCGCUCUCCCUCUUUUUAAUCCAUGCCAGCUUUCAAGAAGCUUGGCUGCUAUGAAGCUUACUUGGUACUGUGGUGAGCCACCAGUGGUCCUCAGCACCUUAAUUAUGGAUGACCAUCAAGAUGAAUAGACGCGGGGGCAACCGAGCAAAACGCACCACAGAGUCCAAGGCUUCGGGCAGUAGUGGUCGUGGGGCCAGGACCGCUGCCCGGAAGGAGGGGGACCUUGCUACUCAGCAAUCUACCCAAGUUAAUGCCUCUUCAGGGAAUGGCCCUCCACAUGGCAAAAAGGAGGGUGAGAGUCAGAGUCCAGGGAAGGCACGCAAGGAUGCCGUAGUAGGAGGUAGAGGGGAUGACCAGAGUGGCCCUAGUGAGGGAGCACCUCAUGUAGUUACUGGGGAGGAAUCUACUGUGGUGACCAGCCAAAGUCAUACUUCAAACUCUAAGAUGCCGGCUGCCACAGUGACUCGUGCCCCACGUGUUGCUACUGCCAAUUCCAGUAGGGUAUCUGUUCCUGUAGCAACUGGAGGAUCUGGAACCUGUUCCACCUCAUCAAAAGAGGAGAAACAGCCAGUUCAUGAUGUGUGCAAGUUACCCAAAAAGCGGAAAUUUGAUCCGGCUGAACUGGAGGACAUGAAUGGAGGGCCAAAACCAGUAAUAGGUCCAGGAAGUACAUCUGUAGCACCAUCAACAACCACUGCCACUUCCAGUACUGGGCUGGUGGUUUUGCCAUCAACCCCUGUGCGAGGCCCGUCCAUCAGUACCUCUGUUACAAGUCCUGUAGUGAGUGCAGCAAGUAUCACUAGAAGUCCAUCAGUAUCUGCACCAGACACAGUAAACACCCAAAUGGCAUCCACCCCUGCUGAAACUGCAAAUUCAUCAGAAAGCAAGCCACAAGACCUCAGGGUGAAUGCUGGAGGUGGAAGUCGAAGUGGUGGGGACAAUGACAGUGAAGGAGGCAGAAAUGGAAUAAGUAAUAAAAAUGGUAUGGAAAAACAUAGGCCAGCUGUUUCUCCUGUUCCCACCCAGCCUGUCAACAUGACAAGUACCAGCCUUACGGCAGUAUCACAUCCUCCAGUGGCCCAUAACAAUGUAGCUUCUCAGCGCAGUUCCCAUCCCCUUUCCUCCAGUCAACUGAAGCAUCAUUCAUCAAUAUCACAGACUCCUUCCAUCUCUCACACUGCCACAGUUGCAGCACAUAUUGCUAUCUCUCAGCAGCAGGCCAUUGUUACUGUCCCACAUUAUCAAUUGCCCCACGCCACGUCUCAGCAGUUGCAACUUCAACAUCAGAGGCAAAAAGUACAACAGCAAAGACAACAGCAACAACAGCAGCAGCAGCAACAACAGCAACAGCAGCAGCAACAACAACAACAACAACAACAACAACAACAACAACAACAGCAGCAGCAACAGCAGCAACAGCAACAGCACAAUCAUCAGCAGCAAUCCCAACUUGCACACCAGCAGCAGCAACAGCAGCAGCAGCAACAGCACACACACCAGCAUCAACAAACUCAUCAACACCAACAACAAGCUUCACAUCAGCAUCAACAACAACAGGCACAUCAGCAACAGCAGCAACAAUCACAUCAGCAUCAACAGCAAAAUCCACUCUCACAUCACCAGUCACAACAGCAGCUCCAACAGUCUCACCUUCAGUCAACCCAUCACCAGGGUCAACAGUCCUUGCAUCAGCAACAUCAUCCACAGCAGAUACAAAUACAGCAACAUGUGCAACAACCACAUCACCAGAACUUGCCUCAGUCAGUAUCACAAGCUCAGCAGCUGCAGCACCAGGUUGGCAGUGGAAGUCAACACACUCUAUCCCUGACUCAUUUGGUGCCUCCAGCAGCCCAUGCACAGCCAGGGGUGACACAGGGCUCCAGUGUUCAUCUGUCCCAGUCAUCAGGCUCAAAGUAUACAGGGUAUAAGAGUGUUGUGGAUGUUGCAGCUCAGGCAACUCUGCCAUCUCAUCACAUUUCUGGUGAGACUCGUGAAGGUGGGGAAGUGCCUCGGACCCCAGAGAUGUGGUCAUCACAGCAGGGUGUGGCCAGAGCACCUGUUGACCUUAAUGAGUGGCGAGGACACCGUGUGCUUGCCAAGAGGGGUCUGCACUAUUACCCAGCAGUGAUUGUCAGUGUUAAAAAUGCUUGUGAUCUUGUUGUGAGGAUUGAUGCAGAAUCAAUUGGUGAUCUCUUGUACAGUAGUGUUUUUACAACUGGAAAAUUUGAUGUAAUAAGUGACGCUGUUCCAUCUGCAAAGCAACUUGAGGGUGGUGCAAGAGUAGUUGUGCGUUUGGACAAAGAACAGCAAAUGUUUGCUGAGGGAGUAGUGUAUGAGAGGCAGGGCUCCCCCACCACCCAGUACCUGGUACGUAUUAGUGGAGAGACUAAUGGGCAAGGAUCUGGAGUCAGUAAUGACCAUUGGAUUCAGAGGCCCCAUCUGCGGUUACUCCAGCCACCUUGGUGGGAAGAUUUAGAACCACAUGGACAGUCAUCACUACUCUCUUCUACUUCUCAUCACUUCUCCCACAAGCCUGUUGGUUACAUAUCCCCUGGCUUCCAGGAGACCUCUGGCUCUCAUCUUGUUCCCAGUGCUCCUUCUUAUCCCAUGGGGUCAACCGCUUACGGCACCAUUACUCCGCCAAACCAUGUAACAUCUCCAGGCAGCGUUGCCAUGACGCCCCUCAGUGGGCAGUCUGGCUCUGCUGGCUUCAGCUCAGGGUCAGAAGAGCAACGAAGACGACCGAUAGAUGACUAUGACAGUGAUGACGACCUGAGAAGAGAGGACAUCACAUUUCCUACUGAAGGUGGCCAUUAUAGUGGCAACCAUCGCUCCUUGUCACUGACUCCAGGUGCAUUAGGAAGCAAGUAUACGACUGACCCUAAGCGUGCCUCAAUGCACAGCAGAGGUUCCACCUCAAGCUUAAUAGAACAAGGAAGCAUUGGUACCACUACUCCUCGCUCAACACCUGUGACUCCAAGGUCAGGAACUGCCACUCCAUUAAAAUAUAAGAAAGGAGAGGUUGUGACAACACCAAAUGGUAUUAGGAAAAAAUUUAAUGGGAAGCAGUGGCGGCGGUUAUGUGGCAAAGAUGGGUGCAGCAAGGAGAGUCAGAGACAGGGCUACUGUUCACGACACUUAUCCAUGUAUGGCAAGAGGCUGCGCAGCUCCUCCAUCACCUUCACUCCUGGGAAAGACACUCCUAUCAUGGAGGGUGUCUGGGAAGAUAGGUCUUGUGACUCAGAUACCUCCCCCAACUUCCCACUCACGGCACCUCGCUCCCAAGAUGAGACAGAGGCUGCCAACAUGCUAAUGACUCUGAGCAAUUCCUCAAGAUCAACAACACCAGCUGGCUGCUUCUCUCCUACACCACUUUCCCCACGAGCCAUCCAGAGCCCAGUGACAGUGGGUCCCAAAGCAAAUGUGUUCAUGCCAAUAUCACAACCAGGUGCCCCUCUCACUUCUCCCACUGGACGCCCCUGGACUACUCAUGAUAUCAGCAGGCAUCCAGCACCUCUCCUGCCACAGAGACACAUUAUUAGGCCAGAACUGCUUCGUCCAGUGACCAAAAUGCCAUCCAUGGCACAUACGGCUGGUGGCACGAGUGUGAUCCGUGCUUCUCCUGGCCAGGGUGUACCCAUGGGUCAGCCUGUAGGCCUCACCAACCCACAAGAUAUAGCAACCCACCAAACCCCAGAGUCGGUCAUCCAGGACCGACGGUAUAUUCAUAACACUAUUUCUCGUGGGAUCAGCAUCAACAAUCAGGUAGUUGUCUCACAUCAGGGUCAUGCCUCCAGGGUCUUGGCACCUGGUGUGACUGUCACCUCAGCCAACAGUCAGUCUACUGUAGCCAUUCUGGAGAAGGUUCUUACUUCAUCUGUGCCCACUACUGCCAAAGCUAAUAGUGACUCUCAACCACAAGACCUCUCAAAUAGGUUUCACCCUUUAGAUAAUUCGGGGUUUAGUGGUGAUCGGUCCAUUGUGGUGGAAGAAAAUGUGAGUUCAAGUGGUGAACAAAACACGGAGGAGAACACUGGAGAACAAGAGGGGUUACUUUUACGUGCCAACAGUGCAGCAGUCAGGGACGGAAUGAUAGCCAUCUCUGAGAAUGCUUCUUUUAACAGUGGUGCAAUCAAACAAGAGGGGCAUGAUGACAAGAACAAUGUCCUUAAUCAGGUGAAGUCAGAACUCACUGCAUUAGCCUCACCCUUCACUACAAAUGGGGGUGCUGUCAUCAUAACCACCCAGCCCAGGGGACAUGGAGCAGCUGGUGCCUCUGAACAUGUGGUCAUUCACACACAGGGAUCCAAGGAGGAGAUCACUGUGGAAGCCAAGUGGGACAAUCAACAGCAGCAACAGGGCCAGCAAACCUAUCACUGGAGUCAGCUUGUUCCAUUCAUAACAACCCCAAAUAAAACUGUAUCUGGACAGCAGCAAGUGAAGAGUCAAUCUGAUGUCAAGCCAACUGUAAAUGGGGAUAUCACUGUUAAUGGGAAGGGACCUGCAAUGAGCACAAGCGAUGCCCGGGGAUGUGAAGGAGGGCAGUCCCGCCGUGAGUCAUGUGGUCAGGAUGUGGAGUUUGAUUUCUCUGCUGAUGAUGAUGAGGUGUUUGUCUCCGACCAGGAUGGCUCCACUGCUGCCACCACAGACAACAAAGGCAGGACACGUUCUUUGGGUUCCUUCUCUGGGAAGGAAGAACCCAAGAGUCCACGAAAGGCAAAAGGAGACAAGGAGCACAUAAGACGACCUAUGAAUGCUUUUAUGAUCUUUAGUAAGCGGCAUCGGCCACUGGUACACCAGCGUUACCCUAAUCAAGACAACAGAACUGUGUCCAAGAUCUUGGGGGAGUGGUGGUAUGCUCUUGGCCCAGAGGAGAAGCAGAAAUAU